AUGCCGCCUGUUCCAACAACCCGCGGCCCCCAAGGCCCCUCCACUGUCGACAAACUUAAGAUGGGAGCUAUGAUGGGUGGUACUGUUGGCGUUAUUAUCGGUUUCAUUUUCGGAACUGUGAACAUAUUUAGAUACGGCGCUGGACAGAAUGGUAUCAUGCGAACUUUAGGUCAAUAUAUGUUAGGAUCUGGCGCUACAUUUGGAUUUUUCAUGUCGAUUGGAAGUGUUAUCAGAACUGACGCGUCGCCCAUCGCCGUCGAAGCAUUUGCGCGAGCACAACGACGACCUUUUAUCAUGUCCUCCCAAUCAAGCACGUAUCGACCACGAAGUCAAUAG